AUGAGUUACUUCACUAAGCCCUUCACACAGCCGCCUGCCGAUGUAAGACACGUUCACGCAUUAUGGUUCGAGGGACAACGCCUGCCCCAGUCGAAAUCCGUCGUCGAUAGCUGGCACAACGAAUCUGUCGAUGUACUAAAGGCGUUCCACGACGGCGAAAAGAAUGCCCAGGAAACAGCCUUUGCUAUUACUCGCCCGAUUUCCUCGUCUCCGACACCAGAACUCGGCUCGUAUGCUAACGAGGGUAUCCCACUUACAAAUCUCUGGGGCCUCUUCCAUCACGCCCUGCUUGAAUGGCCUAUAAGCCGAACGCCGGAUCUUUUCGCAGUACUAGAGGCUAUGGCCAAACUCCCGGACAAGCUCUUUAACGGCGAGAUGACUCCUAGCGAAGGAGGCGAUGAGCCGUUCACAUGGGCCAAUUUUCCAUACUUUGCAGCCGACUUGGCUGAUACGGAAGAAUGUAUGCAGCCCGGCCAGCUCUGCCGGAUGUUUCCCGACCCGGCGUCCGCGGCCGCAGCGCGGACGCUCUACCUACGGUUACAAGAUAUAGAAGCACAGUGCGUAGCGCGACACAUCUUCAACUCGACCGACUCACUAGUUUAUUACAUCUCAAAUACCUUAGAAAAGCCGGUCGACGAGCUUGACCGGCAGAUAAUGCCGGCUUUUGACCACGCAAAAGGUCGCAGCUUCAAUUCUUAUAACGAGGCAACGGCUUACUACCAAGUCAAGCUCGAGUGGAAUAUUCCCGCCGCGGCCUCGUGGUUCCGAUACAACGCGCAGAAGAUUCACGACUUCGUACACGCGGGCGUUCGUCUUCAUAAGGUUCCAGAGAAGUCCGAGCAUCGUUGGUCGCACGGCUCGGAGCGGUGGGCAUAUUGGAAACAACGUCUCGCGGAGCUGACGGCCUCGCACGAAGACGAGCGUGUUCGGACUUCUGCUCAAGAGGCUUUAGGGUAUAUGGAGGAGGUAGAUACCAAUACUACCUAG